ACAAAGUCAAAUCAAUAUUGAAGCCUAAAUUGGGAUUAAAUGAAAGAAUCGCCAAAGCUGUAUUAAAUCUACGUCCACUUCCUAAAUUACCUGAAGAAGUUAUUAAUGUAAAGAAAAUGGAAAAUGCUUCAGAAGUUUAUCCCAAUUUCUUGAGUAAUGAACCUAGUACAACUUUGAUUCGCUUUCCUAUGAUAACAGGAAAAACGAAAGGUUUAAGAAAGAAUAUUGAGACUUUAUCUAGAAGUGGAACGCAAUUACCUGCUAUUAUUUGGAUCUCUUAUCGAAAAACUCUUAGUAACGAAUCACAAGGAAAAAUUAAUGAACUCAAAUUAUUGGGGCUCAAAAUUUGUAACUACCAAGAUGAACAGAACUUAUCUGUAGAUAAAUGGGAUGUUAUUAUAGUUCAAGUAGAGAGCCUUUCUCAUAUCGAAUUCUCAUCUUGUCUUAUUAUAGCAGUUUUAGAUGAAGUCAAUGCAAUUCAACACCAAAUGAAUAGCGGUUCAAAUGCGCGGGAAUCUGAAAAUGCAAUGUGUGAUGUAUUAAGAUCGGCUCAACACGUUUUAGCCAUAGAUGCAUUUGCAAAUGAAAGUACACUAACAUUCCUUAAGGCUUAUCGCGCUUAUACCAAUACAGUAGAAGUAGGUAUUUCUUUUGAGAAACCUAAUCACUUUGACAUAGUUAUAGGCAUUACAAAUAUUGCAACUUCAGUUAAUGUAGAAGCAUUUAUUCAGAUGAUGUUCAGAAUUUGUUAUGAAAAUAUUCAUGCAGAACUUGCAGUUACCCGGCCCAACGAUUUGCCUACUGCAAUUAAAGGACAUCGUGAAUGGGAUAUAUAUAGCAUUUCCUAUAAACUUGAUCAAUCUCCUGCUGUAACAUCAUUUAUUGAAGUUGAGCAUCAGAAACGUCUUUCAGCUAGAAAUUUUAUCGAGAUUUCAUGUAGCCUUAUUGUUAGUACAGGAGCAAGUCUCAAACUAAUAAAAAUGGAUGAGAGUCGAGGAGUUAUAGAAAUUCGUAAAAAGAUUCGUAAUGAAAUUAGGGCCGAAGUAUCAGUUAUCAAGCAUACAGAUUUUGAAGCAAUCGCCACUUCUCGAAAUCUUACUUCUGAGAAAGCUGAAAUUCUUAAACUCGAUUCAGAACAUUUUGUAGAACAUUUUAGUUCACCUGAACCUAGAAAACAUUUCUUGCGUUUAUCUCAUUUUUGCAAGCAAGGUUAUAACGGAGACAAUACAAUAGAAGAAUUAAAGGCCAAAGAUCUUGCACAAUGGGAAAAUACAUGCUAUAAUGCUAAAGAUAAUUUUGAGAAUUCAGUAGCAAAAGAUUUACGCAAAACAUAUUCAGUGAAUCAUUGGGAAGCUGUACGAGGACUUUUACAGUCGCUUAGUUUUACGGGUAUGGAUGAUAAGCAAAUUCGAAGUCAAGCUUUAUUGCUCUUUGGCUUUAGGUCUCGUACAAAAGAAAUGCCAGAUCUUAAAUCAGCUGUAAAGGCAAUCAAUGUAAUUGUUGGCAAUUGGUGUGGUUAUACUAUAAAAAAAGAAGUAAUGAUUAGGAAGUUAGAUAAUUCUGAAUACUGCCCUAUAGUUCCAGUUCUUCCAUCAUAUAAGCCAAAGGUAAGUGAUGAGAUUCAGGACUUUUUCGAUUUUAUAACUAUUACUAACAAUACUACUUUAGAAUAUGCUGAGUGUGAAAUUUCUGACUCGUCUAGUAAUGCGAUUGAUGAAAAAACUUUAUCUUUGCCGGAGGCAGUUACACAGCAGUUAAAAAUGCCAGCUCAAGAUGUAUGCUAUGUUAAUACUAUUAAUGAAGCCGGUACAGCUGAGAAAAAAAUAUCUGAAUCUCUAAUUUCUUUAUCUUCAGAAUAUCUUAUCAAAAACGAAUCUGAUAUAGAUAUCCUUAUUCAUCUUUUACAACAAAAAUUCCAAAUGUCUCAAGAAAAAUUAGAUCAAUGGAGAUUCAAGAUUGCUCUUGAAAUGUGGGAUAACCAAAAUUACUGGAAAAAAGAGUGCGAAAUCAUGAAUAAAAUUAAUUUCUUGGAUUACAAACAGAAGUUUGAAGCUAAAAUGAAAGUUCCUAUCACUCUGCACAAAAAAGAGUUGAAAAAUAAAUCUUUAGCUUUCAUUAAAUAUGCAUAA